GGGUCACUCAGUGUCAUUCCAGCCACAAUAUUCCUCUUUCCCCUCGGCCAAAUAAUCUCCCCGCAGUGGAAACAAACUGACCCGCUCGAUGAGUGUUUUAGACUCCGAUAAAUAUACCAUCGAUCGUGACCUUUUCCAAACCGGCAAUCGACAUGACCACCUUCAGUCCUCUCCCGGCCUACAUCCUGGGUAGCCUGACUCUCGCCCUGGGCUGCCAUGCGCUGGCUCGCCCUGGCCCCGAGUAUCCGCGUUUCGGCUUGCCCUUCGAACCCGCCGCUUCUUCCGCUUCGACCCAUGGCAACAAACGCACCCCUCCACCCGGCGCAGUUUCUCCCCUCAUGUACAUCAAGGGCAUUCGCGAGACGAGCUACGGUCUGACACUGCUUGCUUUGCAGUACUACGGUCAGGAAACUGCCGUUACCAUCUUCGCCGGCGUCUGCGCGCUGGUUGGACUUGCCGAUGGAUUCGUUGUCUGGGCGAAUGGGGGCGAGGCGCUCAAGACCAAGGCCUUUGGACACUGGAUUACAUGUGUGGGAUUUGGGGCGUGGGCCUGGUGGAGGGCUUGUGCGUAGAAAGACUGGGAUCUAUCCACAGAUUGGCCUGAUCCAUAAUGCUCGUGGAAUAAGCUGAGCUCCAAACGUAGCAAGGGAUUUUCUGGCUGUUUAAAGUAACGCAUAGCGUCCAUUAGAAGAUUGGUUUGAUUAUGAUGGUCGCA